UGUUCCAGGCUGCUGCAGCACUGAGGCCACAGGGCGGACCUCAGCUUACUUUACAUACACACAGAGCUCCACAGAUGACUACACACACCCUGCCCACUCUCACUCGAACACUCACCCACUGAGACACGGAUACCUGUGACACCAUGUCUUCUCCCGGCGCCUCCAAGAGGAAGACCAAGAAGAAGCACUUUGUGCAGCAGAAGGUUGAGGUGUUCAGAGCCGGGGAGCCCGUGCUGAGCGCCCUGAUGUGGGGAGUCAACCACUCGAUCAACGAGCUGAGUCAGGUGCCUGUGCCUGUCAUGCUGCUCCCUGACAACUUCAAGGCCAGCGCCAAAAUAAAAGUCAGCAACCACCUCUUCAACAAAGAGAAUCUACCUGGGCAGUUCAAAUUCAAAGAGUACUGUCCACAGGUGUUCAGAAACCUGCGAGAGCAUUUUGGCAUUGAGGACCAAGAUUACCGGGUGUCUCUGGCCCACAGUCCCCCCCUCAAAGAAGAGGAGGGGCACAGCGUGGGCCGGCUGCUGACGUCGUGUGACCGCACCUUGGUGGUUAAAGAGAUCUCCAGUGAGGAGGUGGAGGAAAUGCACAGCAUCCUCUCAGAGUAUCACCAGCACAUUGUCACCUGCCACGGGAGUACCCUCCUCCCUCAGUUCCUGGCCAUGUACAGAGUCACAGUGGAGAACGAGGACACCUACCUGUUAGUCAUGAGGAACGUUUUCAGCCACAGACUGCAUGUGCACAGGAAGUACGACCUCAAGGGGUCACUGGUGUCUCGUGAGGCAAGUUUUAAGGAGAAGGUGAAAGAGCUGCCCACCUAUAAGGACGUGGACUUCAGGAAUAAAAUGCAAAAAGUGUAUGUGGGUGAAGAGGAGAAAGAGAAGAUCAUGGACAAACUCAACAGAGACACUGAGUUUCUGGUGCGUAUGAGGAUGAUGGACUACAGCCUGCUGCUGGGCAUCCAUGAUGUAGAGCGGGCUGAGAGGGAGGAGGACGAUGAGGAGGAGGAGGAUGAGGAAACAGGGCUUCCCUAUGAAGAGGAAGAGGAGGAUGAAAAUGGCCUGGCCUCCCCUGAGGGCAUCGCUGGGUACAUGAACUCCUUCAAACCCAUGGGUGCUGGGGAGUUUGACCCGUAUGUGGAUGUGUAUGCUAUUCAGAGCGCCGUAGGUGCACCCCAGAGAGAGGUGUAUUUUAUGGGCCUGAUUGACGUGCUGACACAGUACGACACCAGGAAGAAAGCCGCUCAUGCUGCCAAGGCUGUCAAACACGGGGCGGGAGCAGAAAUCUCCACGGUUCAUCCAGAGCAGUACGCCAAACGUUUCCGAGAGUUCAUCACCAAGAUCUUUGCCUAGUUCAAAGUGCACUCCUCGUUUAAUAAGACGUCCCAUCAUACAAUAAGGGCACAGAGUCAAGUCAACAUCAAGCAGCAUUGAAAAUCCACCAUUAAAUGAUGUAUAUGCUUUUCUAUUCACCCUCCAUGUUAUUCUGCACUGCGUUGACUUUGUGUCAACGCAGUGUUCGACUGAAGAAGUGAAUUGUGCAGACUGGAAGGAAAGUGUUGCUGUUGUUUGUGGGCUUCUUUUGUUUCACUUUUACAGAUUUGCGAAAAAAACAAACCUUUUAUGGUGUUAAGCUUACACCUCUAACAUAAGUGUCUUCUUCAGUGGCCACUGGGGGAGGAGGUGAGGAGAAAAACAUGUUCUCCUGGCAUGUUUGGCCCUAAACCAUCCAGCUUUCCUUCAGUCAGUCUCCACUGCUUCCCUGUUUUGAUUUAAAAUAUUGAUCUGUGACUCCCUCUUUAUCAUCGAUAACAACCCUCAGCAUAAAGAAAUAAUUGGAGCCUUUCCGGGCAAUUCUAAAGGUCUUUGUUAGGAAUAAGAAUGGCACUCGGUAGAGUUUAUAUCUCCAAGGCCAGAGAGUCCUCUCACAAAACUAAUUUUAUAUUCACUAGAUUGAGAAUUAUAUUUAGAUUUGCACCUAACUGCACAAACUCAUGAAUAUCAGUUCCUUACAUAUGCCUGUUUCCUUCUAUUAAGAUCUAUGAAUUAUUUUUUGAGAAAUGAAUGAAAAUCUCACAAUGUUAAAGAAAAGGAAAACAUACAGGCUACAGGGUACAGGCCGAACUGAGGCUCACGGUGAAUCUGACUGGCUACUGGCUUGUAUGGCAGCACUAUGAAAGCCAUGUGUCCGGCUCAGUAGAUCAGACGCCAUUACCUCUAUGACUUUUUAAACUAAACGCUUUCCCCUUUUUUGAACAUAGAACAAGAUGGAGAAUAUGUCUUGUAUGUUCUACUGCAGCUGAUCAAAGCCAGUUGAUGUUGGUAGAUGUUAGGGACAUGUCUACAGCUCUUUACCUUAGUGUCAUCAGGUGUUACGGCCUUUUAAUCCUUGGCGAAGGUAUUAAUGCUAAUAAUACCAUAUUCAUCUCCCUUUUAAGCAUCAAUUUGAUAUAUGACCUGACAUGAGCUCUAACAUCAAGUUUUGCCAAGGUUAAAUUUAAAUGAAAUAAAAUGUUUGGCUAAAUGAAGCUUGAUACAACCUGACUAAUGGUAGCCUCCAUAUAUAGCACAUGAUGUAGGUCAAAAGAAAAAUCAAGUAGUUAAAUCUCUUCUAUGUGAUUAUUAAAUGCAAAUGUAGACCCAUUGAAAACAUUGCUUAUAUUGAGGAAUGUACUACCUGUAAUGAUAUUCUGAUUUUGUGUAUUAAAAUCAAUUUCCACAAGAA